UUAAUCGAUGUAUUCACACAGAGGUGUGUAGCUCUCAAUAAAUAUAAAGACAGGAGUGGUAGCCUGGCAGACUAUUAGUCUUUCUCUCGAUCUCGUGACCGGUUCGCAGCACUUUCCAUGUGUCCUCUCUUCGAAAAGGGAUCGUAAAUUCGUGUGAGAUUUAAUCGGUAGGAUCGUUGUUGUUGUUGUUUUUGAUAUUGGUGCUGAGACAGAGACAGAGACGUUUUCGGUUGGAUAAAAAACCACGUGCUGUUUAUUUUGUUUUGUUUUGUUUACUUGUCAAACCUGCUGCGGCUAACACAUUCACACAUACAUUUUUGAUUUUCCUACGGUUCUGUUCGUUUGGUUCUAUUUUGUUUCUUUUUUUAAGUAUAUAUUUGUUCUUUUUUUUUUUUUUAUAAACGUGAGAGAAAAUUGGAUCAUAUCGAAUAUGCCAUCGAUAUUAAGAAAAAAUCUUAACCAGUUUACCCGGUUACUCGGUAUCCUCGUUCCUGUUAUCUUAUCCUUCAACAUGGUACGAGCUAAUUGCACGGGAAAGAAGAUGCUACGUUCCGGUAGAAUAUCAUGCGAAGAAAAACAAAUUAUAUUGGACGAACAUAAUCGUUUGAGGCAACUGGUGGCACUGGGACAAAUUCACGGCCAACCUGGGGCGGCUAAUAUGAUGGAAAUGUUAUGGGACGACGAGUUGGCAGACGUGGCACAAAAAUGGGCAGAUAAUUGUGCAGAAGUACACGAUAAUUAUAGAAACGUUCGCAGAUUCGCGGUGGGUCAGAACAUAGCACGAACUUGGACUACGAGACCCCCGGGACCUUACGAUAGCGAACCCAAUUGGAGACGACAAAUUUCGGGAUGGUUCAACGAGGUACAACACUACCACACUGGAUACAGUAAGACUACUGGACACUAUACGCAGUUGGUUUGGAGCGAUACUUUUCUCAUAGGCUGUGGAUAUUCAUUCUAUUAUGAUCCAGCUAAAGGAUACACUAAAAACUACGUUUGCAAUUAUGGACCGAGCGGGAACAUCAUUGGUUACCAGCCCUAUCAAUCGGGACAACCUGCAUGUAGUAAUUACGGAAUGAUUUAUUCUAAUCGAUAUUCUGGUCUCUGUUCACGAGGAAAUUAUUAUCACCUAGGUGCAUUAUGUGCUUACGGCUAAUCACAAAUGAUAACAUAUUCAUCGAAAACACGAUACUCGAUUGUUAAUUGAAUGGAAAAGUAAUUAUAUAUAUACAUAUAUAAUACGAGUCGCUGUUAUUGGAUAUGCAUUUGAUACUUGAGUAACGCACGCCUAAAUGCUACUCAAACAAACUUACAAGGAAAAAUAACGAUCGUCCCCGCUCUGAUUUUGUUAAAUCUGAAAAAAAAAUAUGUUAAUAAAUUAAACAUUUUGUUAAAAAACAUAUUGAAAAUC